AUGCGACGGCCAACGCCCAACAUUCCGAGCAAGCCGACAACGAGUAAACUUAGUCACUCUCAUUCUCGUCUCUCGCACCGUAAACUCAAGUCUCGGACUCUCGGCCUCUCAUUGUCUCACUCGUCUCACGAGUCACGACUCUCGGCCUCUCACCGACUCAUCUGUCUCACGAGUCACGAUGACAAUGAGUCCGAGUCCUCUUCUAGAGUUCCGGACUUCCGAUCCUGCGAGCUCCGGACUCCAAUCCUCUUCCGAGUCUUCCUUCGUUUUGAUUUUGUAAGUGGGCUUAUAAUAAGGGUUAGUGUUGUUUUUGCACAAACGCAGGGUCCCCUAAACUUCGUUGUUGAAGAUAAUGUCUAUCGAGCAAUUCCCGAGGGAACUGGUGGCAUCAAAUCUAUUACUAACUAUUCGUCGCUCGGAUAUCAAUUCAAAGAUCUCUCUCAAUUGAGAGUGGAUCUAAUGUUGGGGCCUGGAUCACAGGCCUAA